UACGCCCCGCUGUCACCGCUCACCUCACCUAUACAUACUGGCAUCUUCUGCAAGGUCCCUUCUUUCUAACAUUGUUGCUGGGAACGGCCCUAUCUAUUAAUUAAACCCGAAGCUCUCCUCCCUACCUCCUCUCCCACACCUUCUCUCUCUCUCUCUCUCUCUCUCUCUCUAAAUCAAAUUUAAGCGAUCGUCUUUGCACUAAUUUUCCUCCAGUUUUUUGCAGUUUACUUGGUUUACUCAUCUGACUUCAAUCUGUUUCAAAGUUGGUUGUUCAGGAUCUGUUGCAGUUCCUAUCAAUUUCGGUUGAUUUCUCGCGAUUUGUGCUGCUAAUGAGCUCAUCGGAGUCGAAUUUGGGGUUAGGGUUUUGCGAGAUCUGAGGAAAUUGAUUUAGGGUUUCGGCGGUAGUAGUGUGGAGGUCUUUGUAGCGUUGACUCGUACAAGUAGGAAUUCGGGGUCCUGUUUGGGCAUAAUGUUGUUUGGUGCGGGGAGGGAGUUGAGUGUUUGUUGUCUCUGUGAAUGAUGAGACGUCGCUCGCCGACUUCUGUUCAGCAAAUGGAGAAAGGGGCUUCCAAGAAUCAACAGUCCCGGCUUUGUUUGUUGGCUUCCUUGUCGGCUUUCUUAUGGUUCUUGUUGUUGUAUUUCCACUUUGUUAUCCUUGGAGGUAGCAGUACGGUUGAUGAUCAAGCUCAGUUGAAUCCCAUUUCUGUCAUCUACGAAUCUACUAAUACCCCUGUCUCUGUCCACACUACUGAAGCCCAAUCCAUACCAGUUACUCGUCCUAGCAAUACCCAAAAUACUAGUUAUAGGACUAGGAAUGUCCAUCUACCUCCUACAAAUCAUUCCGACAAUGUGCAACCAGCUAUUGCCAGGAAUCCAGAAACUGAUACUUCACAUAAGGAGGCUUUCCCAUUUAUGAGGGCAUUAAGAACCGUAGAGAACAAGAGCGAUCCAUGUGGGGGCAGGUACAUAUAUGUGCAUGACCUUCCUCCCAGAUUUAAUAAAGAUAUGCUCAAGGAAUGUAGGAGUUUAAGUCUUUGGACAAACAUGUGUAGGUUCACUACUAACUCCGGACUUGGUCCCCCACUUGAAAAUGUCGAAGGAGUUUUCUCCAAUACAGGGUGGUAUGCAACCAAUCAGUUUGCAGUUGAUGUGAUAUUCAAUAACCGAAUGAAGCAGUAUGAGUGCUUGACGGACUCUUCUCUAGCUGCUGCUAUUUUUGUACCCUUCUAUGCUGGAUUAGAUAUUGCGCGAUAUCUUUGGGGGUAUAAUAUUUCUGUUAGGGAUGCUGCUUCUCUUGAUUUGGUUGAUUGGCUGAUGAAGAGGCCAGAGUGGAACAUUAUGGGAGGAAAAGAUCAUUUUCUCGUUGCUGGAAGGAUUACCUGGGACUUUAGACGACUGAGUGAUGCAAAUUCUGACUGGGGUAACAAGCUUCUCUUCUUACCAGCUGCAAAAAAUAUGUCCAUGCUGGUGGUUGAAUCAAGCCCAUGGAACGCAAAUGAUUUUGGCAUCCCAUACCCUACUUACUUCCAUCCAGCAAAAGAUUCUGAUGUGUUCAUUUGGCAGGACAGAAUGAGGAAAUUGGAGCGGAAGUGGCUCUUCUCUUUUGCUGGUGCCCCACGUCCUGGCAACCCCAAAUCAAUUCGGGGGCAGAUCAUUGACCAAUGCAAGAAGUCAAGGGUAUGCAAACUGCUGGAAUGUGAUUUUGGGGAGAGUAAGUGUCAUUCGCCAAGCAGUAUAAUGAAGAUGUUCCAGAGCUCUCUUUUCUGCUUACAGCCUCAAGGUGAUUCAUACACACGAAGAUCUGCCUUUGAUUCAAUGUUAGCUGGCUGCAUACCCGUGUUCUUCCAUCCAGGUUCAGCAUAUACCCAAUAUACUUGGCAUCUUCCAAAGAACUAUUCAAAAUAUUCAGUAUUCAUUCCAGAGGAUGAUCUUCGAAAGAGGAAUGUUAGUAUAGAGGAAAGGCUCAAUGAAAUUUCUCCUGAGCAGGUGAAGAUAAUGAGGGAGGAGGUUAUAAGUCUCAUCCCUCAGCUUAUAUAUGCAGAUCCUCGCUCUAAACUAGAGACUCUUAAAGAUGCUUUUGAUGUUGCUGUUCAAGCAGUUAUUGACAAAGUUACGAGGUUGAGGAGAGGCAUUAUUGAUGGUCGUGCAGAUGAUAAUUUUAUUGAGGAGCUCAGUUGGAAAUAUGAUUUGUUAGGGGAAGCGCAAUAUGCGGGUGCUCAUGAAUGGGAUCCUUUCUUCUCAAAACCAAAAGGCGGCAAUGGUGAGUCCAGUGAUUCAUCGGCAGAAGCAGCAAAAAAUUCUUGGAAGAGCGAGCAAAGAGAACAUUCAUGACUUGGACUCAAUAAUUUUGUUGACCAAAGUUCUAAUACUCGGCAAACAUGUACUUGAACUCGGAACCGGCUGCGGUGCCUUUGAGUUUGAGUCAAGGUAAAGUGCUGGUAUGAGGUCAUUAGGGAAUUGCUUUACUCCACUUCGUUAAUCCUCACUGUUGUCUAAGCUUAAAAUGCAUACAAAUAUAUGUUUUUACCCCACUUCCAUCUUGAUAGGUAAUUGUUCCUUCUUUUUGAACUUUCUGUAAUGAUUCUUUGCGCUAUGUUUGAUGUAUAAAUGUUGUGAGGUUACAUUUUUAUC